GAAGUGGAGGGGAGCAAAUCUCAAACUCUCGCGAUAGUUCCAAACACAUGGCUACCUACUUGUGUUUACAACUUCUCGAUGAGCUGGUAAGCAGCACAGAAGUUUCCUACAAAGAAGACGUCGACUUGUAUUUGCGGGCUUCUUGUCUUCGCUUGUGUGAAAACUAUUAAAGCCGCAAAGAAGGAAAAGGAGACGAAGCUCAGCGUCAACGGUCAGCAGAGCUACAGCAGGUGGGUGAUGUCCUCAAACCCCGACAGACUCAGCCGUCCACACUGCAGGAGGAAGCACUAUCCCAGUAGCACUUACCUCACCCACGUCUGACAGCCACCCUCCGGACUACGGGCCUCAAAACGCUGGGAGGUGGACUGAUAAAGCCAUGUCCGAUUCAGUUGGAGGUGGAGAGAGUGGAGGUGUGGCGGCUGGUGGGCAGGACUCUGAAGCAGACGGCGAGCCUCCUCAACAGGUCUCGCCUCUACUCUGUCAGUCUGAGCAGGUAGAGCAGGAGACCCCAGAGGAUGGGCUUCCACCAUCAGCCAAGCGCUCCAGGAUGAGAGAGGAGGAGCAGGGAGAUCCAACUGAGUCUGGAUCUGCACAGGGAAACACCUCCACAUCUGCACAAACAACGCACGAGUUACAGCAACCUGAGGUGGAAGAUCAGAGAGAUGAAGAUGUAGCAGAAUUCCACCAGAACGGAGAUGGAGGACCUGAUGCUGCAGAAGGAGAGGAGACAAGACCAGAGGAGGAUUGUGAUGGUGACGAAGCAGCAGACAGCCCUGCAGCCGGACAGCACCUCGACCUGGAUUUUACCCAGAAUCCCUCAAUGCUGACCGGUUCCUGGACGGAGUUCUCAAGCUUUCCUGAGAAUUACCUGAAAGGCUGCAAAUGGGCUCCCGAUGGUUCCUGCAUCCUGACUAACAGUGCCGACAACGUUCUCCGCGUGUACAACCUCCCUCCAGAGAUUUACAGCUACAGCUGGGACUCCAUCCCUGAGAUGAGUCCUGUGCUCAGGAUGGCUGAAGGAGACACCGUCUAUGACUACUGCUGGUUCCCGAAGAUGAGCUCGUUGGAGCCAGACACAUGUUUUCUGGCCAGCAGCAGCCGCGACAACCCAGUGCACAUUUGGGACGCGUUUUAUGGAAAAGUGCGGGCCAGCUUCCGGCCCUACAACCACCUGGACGAGCUGACGGCGGCGCACUCGCUCUGCUUCUCGCCCGACGGAGAGCAGCUGUACUGCGGCUUCGAGAAGAUGGUCCGAGUCUUCUGCACAGAGCGACCGGGCCGAGACUGCGAGGAGCGCCCGACUGUGGUGAAGAAACGAGGCCAGAGCGGCAUCAUCUCGUGCUUCGCCUUCAGCCCGUGUCAGUCGGUCUACGCCUGCGGCUCAUACUCCCGCUGCGCCGGCCUCUACUCCUGUCAGGACGGCACCCUGCUGGCGCUGCUGCCCACCCGCCACCAUGGAGGCCUCACCCAUCUGCUCUUCUCCCCCGACGGCAACUACCUGUACACCGGCGGCCGCAAGGACCCAGAGAUCUUGUGCUGGGACCUGAGGGAUCCGGGGAAAGUCGUGUUUUCUCUGAAGAGGAACGUUGCCACUAACCAGCGCAUCUACUUUGACCUGGACCAAUCAGGCAGAUACCUGCUGAGCGGAGACACGGAGGGAGCCGUGUCCGUCUGGGACACUCAGACGGCGCCUCCCGAUGGAAACGAAGAGCUGCUGCAGCCACAGAUCCGCUUCCAGGCCCACUGGGACUGCACCAACGGCAUCAGCGUUCACCCCUUCAUGCCCAUUCUGGCCACCUCCAGCGGGCAGCGGCAGUUCCCCUGGCCCACCGACAGCGAGGGCGAGGGCGACUCCGCCUCCGACACCGAGGGAGGAGGCGGAGCAACGCUGCAGCAGGAGGUCCGGCAAGACAACGCACUGACGCUGUGGUGGGCCGGACCGCUGAGCCCACACGCUGAGGAGAGCCAAGACCAGAGCGCUGCAGCUGCAGAGACCUCAAGUGUCCCGUUAGCUUGACCAGAUAGAGCACACAGACGGUGCUACACCUUUGAUAUCUUUAGUUUUCUUAAACGUCAAUAUCAUUUUAUUCAGUGUUUUGGUUUUGCUGUUGAGCACAAUGUUCUAGCUGUCAGUUUAUGGUGCAAAUAAUCAGAGUCCUGUAUUUUAAUUUCAACAGUGUUUGCACACGCAAACUACAAAUCAGUGAAGAACCACAGUUCCUAUACAUUUUUAUUAAUGGAUGGAAAAUAUAAUUCUCCAUACUUUUUCCAGACUUGGAAAUUACUUACAAAUUCCUAACCUUUCCAGAUUUGUGUGGAACCCUGAAACCAACAUAUCAAACCUCGUAACUCUGCUUUCGUCGUAGUUCGAGUUUCAUCAGGUUGGACCAAAAUCCAGUUCAGUUCAGAUAAAAUCAAAGUUUUAAUAAAAAUCAGUUAGCAUUUUUCCUUGUCAUUUUAAUCCAGAAAUCUGCUGCUGGAGUCGCUUGAAUCUUCAGUGAAGGCCUGUGUCUGUGAUUCGGUGUGUGUUUCCCCUGACCGGAACUGUAACCGUGGGAGUGUUUGUUUGUGUGUGUUUGGCUCCAGCGCUGCCCUUGGAGAUUGCCUCUCUGCCACAGUAACAAUAAGUGCCAUUUGUUUCCCCAACCUUUGCUUUUAUAAACUGAGAGUCUGCUGUUUUUCUUUCCGUGUCCUUUGUAAAGCGGUCGACGUGCCGAGCUGUGUCGCGCCUCAUGCCCACAGAUGUAUAUUUUUGUAACGCCGUGCUGAUUCUCUGAAUGUCCUGUCUUUGAGCGGCCAGCUUAACUCUCGCUACGCUCUGUGAAAGUCUUUAAUAAGUGGGUGCAGCUGCUAAACGAGUGUUUUAUUUUUUCUACAGUUUGAACAUGUGUGUGUGGGCGUGUGUGUGUGGCGACUGAGAAACGCAAAACUGGUUUGAAGGACGGAUUUCUCUCCGUUUCUGUCGCCAGUGUGAGGGUUUGUGUUGCUGCAGGGCUUCUGUGCUAUGUAUCCAACAUAUGCCUUUUUAUAAUCAGACACUUAGAAAUUAAUCAGUUUUUAACGCCUCCACACUUCUUUAAACUCAUACCUGUUGCCAAGCAUUAUUAUUUCCACUCAGUGAUAACACUGCACCAAUUUAUUAUCUACUAAGGAUCAUUCAGAACCAUGCAGGGCUUGAAGAUGCCAAACAAGUCUCUGGGUAGAUGUCGCUGAUGCUUUAAUCCAAGCUGGAGUGAAUUAAACUCGCAUCACCUCA